UCCAGUGCAGAGCGGUCACUGUGUUCAGUGACAUUCAGCUACAGCACACUGCUGGAAUGGCAACUCCCACCAGCAUGUUAGCAGAAGAGCAGGUGCACUGCUCCAUCUGUCUGGAUGUGUUUACCAACCCUGUCUCCAUCCCCUGUGGACACAAUUUCUGCAUGGCCUGCAUUGGCAGUUACUGGAAGUCCAGCGCCCUCUUCAUGUGCCCCAUGUGCAAAAAGUCCUUCUUAAAGCAGCCUGAUAUCAGCAUCAACACAGUUCUGAGGGAGAUCGCUGAGAAGGUCAAGGAGAUUAAAGCCAUCCCAGUCAAGAGCCUUCAGAAGACAAUGCAAAUGGACCCAGUACAGAGCCCUGAGGAACUCCCAGCAGAAAUGCCUGAACAGAUUCCUCCCAGCGGCCCAUGGGCCCAGGAAGUGUCCUGUGACGUGUGCACUGGCACUCGCCAACAGGCUGUGAAGUCUUGCUUGGUUUGCUUGACCUCUUACUGUGAGGAGCACCUGAAGUCCCACACCGCUCGCUUCACCAAACACAAGCUGAUCAAGCCUGUGCAGAACCUGGAGGACCGGAUGUGUAAGAAGCAUGAGAGGCUGCUGGAACUGUUCUGUAAGAAGGAUCAGACCAUUGUGUGUGUGCUGUGUACAGAGAUGGACCACAGGGCACAUUACACUGUACCCGUUGAACGAGAGUGGACUGAGAAAAAGGCUUUGCUGAGGAAAACUGAAGCUGAAGUUCAGCAGAUGAUUCAGGAGCGACUGAAGAAAGUUGAUGAUAUCAAACACUCCAUAGAUCUACACAAAAUCAGUGCUCAGAGAGAGAUUGAGGACAGCAUGCAGGUGUUCUCCGAUUUGAUCCGAGCCAUUCAAAAGGCUCAGGCUGAGCUGGUGAUGGACAUUGAGGAAAAACAGAGGAAGACGGAGACCUGGGCCAGCGGACAAAUAGAAGAACUGCAGCGGGAGAUUGAUAUGCUGAAAAUGAGGAACACAGAGUUAGAGUAUCUCUCACACACUGAAGAUCACAUCCACUUCCUGCAGAACUUUGCAUCGUUAAUGUCUCAUCCACACACUAAGGACUGGUCUGAGACCUGUGUGCAUGCAGAUCAGUGUGUGGGCACCAUCAGAAGAUCUGUACUUAAACUAGAGGAGACGCUUACAGAAGAAAUGGAGAAACUGGCAGAAAUGGAGCUAAGAAGGGUUCAAAAAUACUCAGUGGACAUAACUUUUGACCCGGACACAGCGAACCCCUGGCUGCAGCUAUCUGAGGACGGGCAUCAGUUACGUCACCUUGGGACAUGGCAGGACCUGCCUGACACACCUGAGCGUUUUGAUACUGUGGUCAUCUCACUCGGGCGUGAGGGGUUUACCUCUGGGCGCCGAUACUGGGAGGUGCAGGUGGGCGAGAAGGACGACUGGUACCUGGGUGUGGCCCGCACAUCUGUCAACAGAAAGGGGCGGAUUUCAGUGAGCACGGCUCAUGGUUACUGGGCCCUAGCGAUGAAGAAAGGCCAGGAGUAUCGGGUGUCUUCCUCUCCACCCCUCCUGAUUUCUGUCGAGCCCAAGCUGAAGAGGGUGGGUGUGUUUGUAGAUUAUGAAGAAGGACAGGUGUCAUUCUACGACGUCCAAAGCAAAGGUCACAUCUACACGUUUAUGGACUCAUUUAAAGAUAAGCUCUUCCCAUUUUUCUACCUGUACUGCUCUGAUAAGGCCUCUGACACCAUGAUGAUCUGUCCCGUACAGGAGCAAUCUCUUGUUAAACAGUGCUGAAUCAUGAGUUACACAAUGACGCUGUGUGACUUCAUUUCAGAUACUGCUUUCAGUUUCCAUGCACCCAUGUCGUGCUUUACAAUCAUAAACUACCUGUUAAAUCCAGUUAAGUGGGAGUUCCCUAUCUGUCACUCACUCGACGUUGGUGUCGAUGUAGUGACACUAGGGGUCACUCUUGGGAGCCCGAGACACCUCUGGUCUUUGAUAAAAGGCCAAUGAAAAUUGGCGAGUGGUAUUUGCAUGCCACUCCCCCGGACAUACGGGUAUAAAAGGAGCUGGUAUGCAACCACUCAUUCAGAUUUUCUCUUCGGAGCUGAACGGUCAUGCUCAUUGAGCUGAAUACUACUGUUCAUUCACCUCUGCUGGAUCUGACGGCGCAUUUCAGCGGCUCCUCCCUCCUCUGCACUGGUGCAUUGCAGAAAAUGCCCCUGGGCGCUUCGGCAGAAAAACUAGAGAGUAUAUUUUCUGAAAGAGCAUUUUUCCCCUCUAAAAGAGUAUAUAUUUCUCUAAAAGAGAGCACACACGGAACGUCUUUUUAAAGACGCGUCUUUUUAAAGAUGCUUUUCCGAUUGUGUGUUAUUCCUGGUUGUGCUCGUUAUCUCUCGCCUUCUAACGGUCACGAUCACUGUCUUUCGUGUUUGGGCACUGCUCACGCGGAGACAGCGUUCGUGGAUGGUCAUGUUCUCAUUGCGAGAAUAUGUCCAUGGCAACGUUGCGGUCGCGGCUCGCCUUUGUAAGAAAGUGAGCCACCCCAGAGGCUCCCACCUCGGUCCUUUUACCCACGGGUUUGAGGCCAGCGCGGCUAGCACUGGGGGUGAUUUGGGGACCCCAAUGGGACCGCCUCCGCCGGGUAUCCCCCCGCGGACCUCCCAUUCCCCAGCACGCUCGUCUGCCCCGAGCGGGCUUCCGGGUGAGUCCGCCGGCUCGUCUCACGGCGAGUUCGACCUCUUAUUUGGAGCCCGCGAAAGUGAUGAGCUCUCGAGCGCAGCAUCGGAGAGCGGGCUCGUCCAGUCGGAAGCCUCAGCUGGGCUCCUCCCUUCGGGGUUGAUCGCCCAGUCACAGGCUGACGCGGAGAUGACGACAUGCUUUCCCGGACAGCCGCGAGCGUCGGUUAGAGUGGAUUUCACCGCUCUUCCCUGAACCCUCGCAGCUCGGUGAUUGGUUCCUGGGCUCGCGGCGCCGCUCAAAGCCCCGCCCCGUUCCUUUCUUCCCGGAAGUGCAUGAAGAGCUGACAAGGUCGCGGGAGGCACUUUUUACUGCCCGGUCCCGAUCUUUUCAGCUUUCCCACUCUCACUACCCUCGAUGGUGGGGCGGCCAAGGGUUAUUCGGCAAUCCCCCGGUGGAUAAAGGCGCUCGCGGUGCACCUAUGCCCGCAGAGCGCCGCCACCUGGCGCGGGUGCCCAAAGCCCCCGUCCAAGGCCUGUAGGUUUACGUCAUCUCUGACAGUCGAAGCCUACGGUGCCGCUGGACAAGCCGUCUCCACCCUGCACGCCAUGGCUCUCCUGCAAGUCCGCCAAGGCGCUAAAGGAACUGCACGAGGGUAGUUCCACCCCGGGAUUGAUGCAGGAACUGCGCUCGGUGACCGACCUCGCUCUCCGAGCGACGGAGGUCACGGCGCGGUCUCUCGGGCAGACGAUGGCCACACUAGUGGUCCAGGAGCGCCACCUUUGGCUCAACCUGGUCGAGAUGGGUGAGGCCGACAGGACACGAUUCCUUGCUGCCCCCAUAUCCCAGGCGGGCCUAUUCGGCGACACUGUCGAGGACUUUGCCCAGCAGUUCUCGAUGGUAGAGCAGUAGAUGGAUGCUAGCCGGCUUAUCCUGCCCCAGCACGUCUCAAGAUCCUGCACCCCAUCUACUCAUCGCCGAGGGCGUCCCCCUGCGGUGACUGCACCGGCUCCG